AAUCCGCCCACGACGCCCCAUGCACUUUGCUUGCUUCGCUCUGGUUCUUGCCGCAACGGCCUCGGCUGCGACCGUCUACACGUUCGACCCCGCGACGUCGGGCGGCGUCAAAGGCUCCAUCACGGUGACGCAGCUAGCGCAAGGCGCGAGUAUCGCUGCCAACCUCGACGUCUCCAAAGCCAACUGGGCCGCGCUCACCAAGGUUGACGGCAACUGCACUGGCGCGAUCCCGACCUUCAAGUGGCACAUCCACACCAAGUGGACCAACAAGGCGACGUCGGGUUUCCUUGGCGACUGCGGUCUCGCGCCCACAGGCAACCACUACGACCCCGACUACGCCUGCGGCCCCAACUCCGAGUUUGCUACCGACCCCAAGUGCACGCCGCUCAUUCCCAAGUACAAGUGCACGCCUGAGACGUAUGCAGCUGACAAGCGCGCGUGCGAGCGCGGCGAUCUCUCGGGCAAGGUCGGCGCCUUCAAGGUAGUUGACGGAAAGAUCAAGCAGACGUUUGUCGAUGCGCACUACCCGAAGGCGUCUGAGGAGAAGCCGGAGUGGAACCUCAUGCUGCAUGCAGUCUGCGGCGCCAACACGCCCCGCUUCAUCUGCGCCACCGGCCACGAGGCGUGCUAAUGCAUCCGUAGCUUUGUCGUUCGAGUAAUCCAACCUUCC